AUGGGGAAGCUCGAUGAAGGGGCCUCAGAGUCCGCACCACUGAAUCGCCAGCGAUCGGAAUCGCUUGCGUCUCAAACUUCAACCGACUCCGGCUUAUCGAUCGCUUCCGCAGCAUUCAUGGAGGGCCACAAGGGAGGCACGAUGCCAACGGACGGAGAACGGGAGAGAUACCGAGAUAUAGAAGACGGAGGAGAAGCAGGGUCGGAUGAGCCUCUUAUACCUAAUGUGAAGAAGUCAGGCUCAUCAAGUCGCCUGCGACAGAUCGUUUGGGGCCUCAUGCUGCUUUGUGUCGGAGGCUGGGUGCUUGCAUUCGUGCUGUUCUUGUCACAGAAGCGGCCCGAGGCCGCGACUUCGUCGACUCCAAUGGCAGACAUCUCGUCUACUGCCACAUCAAACACCCAUGCAACUGUUUCCUCGACUGGUGAGGCUGACCAUAGAAAUCCUGUGACGCUCAAGCAAAUCCUGGAGGGUGCCUGGCUACCUCAGUCUCACGCAAUCUCUUGGAUUGCAGGCCCGAAAGGCGAGGAUGGUCUCCUCGUAGAGAGAGGCGAGGUGCAAGAUGCGUAUCUGCGGGUAGAGGAUAUUCGCAGCAGCAAGGACGGAGUCGACAACCUCGAGACGAGAGUGCUGAUGAAGAAAGAUUAUAUAUGGUUCGAUGGUAAAAUGUACCAUGCACUCAAGACCUGGCCAAGUCCCGACAUGACCAAAGUGUUGGUGAUGACUGAUAUUCAGUCUAACUGGAGACACUCGUUCUUUGGAAAGUACUGGAUUUUGGACGUCGCCACGCAGGAGACUGAGCCGUUGGACCCUGGCAACUUGAGCGAUCGAGUCCAGUUGGCAGUUUGGUCACCCACAUCCGAUGCGGUUGUCUUCGUCCGCGAGCAAAACCUCUUUUUGCGCAAGUUGGGCUCCUUGGAAGCCACUACCGUUACCAAAGAUGGUAGCGAUGAUCUCUUUUACGGUAUUCCAGAUUGGGUAUACGAGGAAGAGGUGUUCCAAGGCAACACGGGCACGUGGUGGUCCGAUGAUGGCAAAUUUGUCGCGUUCCUGAGAACAAACGAGUCAGCCGUUCCUGAGUACCCUGUGCAGUACUUCCUCUCUCGGCCUUCAGGCAAGGAGCCACCUCCAGGGCUCGAGAAUUAUCCCGAGGUCCGCCAGAUCAAGUACCCCAAGCCAGGCAGCCCGAACCCAACCGUCAAUCUUCAGUUCUAUGACGUUGAGAAAGACGAGGUGUUCUCGUUUGACUUACCAGAGGACUUUGAUGAUGCUGAAAGAAUCAUCAUUGAGAUUGUUUGGGCGUCCGAAGGCAAGGUUUUGAUUCGAGAGACUAACCGAGAGAGCGAUGUCGUCAAGAUUUUUGUCAUGGACACCAAGGCCAGAACAGGCAAACUCGUGCGAUCGGACGACGUCUCGGCUCUUGAUGGUGGCUGGGUUGAGCCUUCUCAGUCGACUCGGGUCAUUCCUGCUGACCCCAAAAAUGGCCGACCGCACGAUGGGUAUAUUGACACUGUUAUAUAUGAAGGCUAUGAUCAUUUGGCCUAUUUCACACCCUUCGACAACCCUAAGCCCGUCAUGCUGACCAAGGGCAACUGGGAAGUGGUGAAGGCACCCUCGGCUGUGAAUCUGGACAAGGGUCUAGUCUACUUCGUUGCUACCAAAGAGGCGCCGACCCAGCGUCACGUAUACUCGGUCAAGCUGGACGGGUCCGACCUUCGGCCUUUGACUGAUACCACCGCGCCCGGCUACUUCGAGGUUUCAUUCUCCGACCGAGCCGGGUAUGGUUUACUCAGCUACAAAGGCCCCCAUGUGCCAUGGCAAGCCAUCAUCAACACCCAUGGCGACGACAUUGAUUUUGAAACAGUAAUUGAGGAGAACUCAAAACUCACCAAGAUGGUCAACGAGUUCUCUCUUCCUGAAGAGGUGUACACCAAUGUGACAAUUGAUGGUUACACGCUCCAGGUGGUUGAGCGUCGGCCCCCAAACUUCAACCCUGCCAAAAAGUACCCGGUUCUUUUCUUCUUGUAUGGAGGACCCGGAUCGCAAACAGUUGAUCGCAAGUUCCAAAUUGACUUCCAGUCAUACAUUGCCUCAAAUUUGGGUUAUAUUGUCGUGACAGUGGAUGGCCGUGGUACAGGCUUCAUCGGCAGAGAAGCUCGAUGCAUCGUCCGCGGUAACAUUGGCCACUACGAAGCCCGCGAUCAGAUCGAGACCGCCAAAAUCUGGGCUAGCAAGGGCUAUGUGGAUGAAACCCGCAUGGCAAUCUGGGGCUGGAGCUAUGGUGGCUUUAUGACCUUGAAGGUGCUUGAACAGGAUGGGGGCGAGACAUUCCAAUAUGGUAUGGCUGUAGCACCAGUAACGGAUUGGAGAUUCUAUGACUCCAUCUACACCGAACGUUAUAUGCACACCCCUGCGCAUAACCCCUCGGGCUAUGAGAAUUCCUCGAUCAACGAGGUCGAGGCUCUGGGCCGUAAUGUUCGUUUCCUGAUCAUGCACGGUAAUGCCGAUGAUAAUGUCCAUUUCCAAAAUACCUUGGUCUUGAUUGACAAGCUGGACUUGGCGAAUAUCGAUAACUACGACAUGCAGGUAUUCCCUGACUCAGAUCAUUCUAUCUACUUCCACAACGCACACACUGUUGUUUACGAACGCCUUUCGAGCUGGCUCAUCAAUGCGUUCAACGGUGAAUGGCGUCGCAUUGCGAGUCCGCAACCGACGCCUAUUUGA